AGUUGAACCAAAUACGCCCAAAGUGUCAAACUGUCAACCCACGGGAUCGUUAAUAUGCCUUGCGUCUUGGCUUUGACAAGGGCAAGAUACCUUUUAUAGGUCCCACUUCCCCAGACCAACCUGCAACGGUUCAUCUCUUUGCUUUCCACCUCACAACCAACGUUUGCUAUCACGAUUCUUAAGCAGUGCAAGACAGCCACCUACAAUCGAAUACAACCACUCAAAAUGUCCGUCAACCGCACUUGCAACCACGAUGCCCUCCCUGAUCUCGAAGGCAUCCCCGGUCUACCCAUGGACCGCAGCGUUUUUGUUAUUCCCAACUGGAACGAAUCGUUCGUGGGCAUGACAGAUUGCUGCGCACCCAACGAGGUGCAUAUUAGUGGCCAGGACGGGUUUGAAGGAUGCGUCUUGUGGUGCUUGAUUCCAGACUCCCACCUCAAAGGAAAAGAUAUUGGCGAUAUGAGCUUAUGUGUUAAGACAAAGGGUGGCUUUUCUUCGUUCAUUAGUGGCGGGCAAGUAAAGGACAACGCGGCGAGUUCGAAGAUGGGUAGGACGACAUUGCUCGGGGUGGGAGUUUGGGCCUUGUUGGCCGUUGGACUGCUGGUUUGAGUUGGUAUUGUGCGGUAGGCAUGAGGUUGAGUAUUUGGUGUGUGUAGUCGGGUGCAAACUUUGCACUCGCUUUCAAGCGGCAAAGUGCGCACAUUGCAUUCGAUUAGAGAAGCCCGCACAUUAGUGUAUUUGAACGAGUACAAACUUUCUUUGCAUCAAAUUCAUUCGACUAUGACGGUUGCUUUCUUCUUUCAU